AUCCUGGUCUAUUUGUCCUUUCCCGUGGGGAUUUUCUGGGUCUCCAACCAGGCCGGGUACUUCCAGCACCACGUGGUGCAGCGCAAG